UUUUAUGGGGAUCUGUUAUUUAUAGUGCCUUUCAUUGGAGUGUCUCAGACUUGAAGGAGGUCCUUUCCCUCCCCUGAGAAAUAUCUGCUGGAGCAGAAAGCAUUUUAGCUACAUUUCUGUGUUCCUUAGCUCCAGCCCUCAACAUGGCCGUGGGAUGUGCAGCUUCAGGGACUCCGGGAUAAGUUAAACCGUUCAGCUGCUUGCAGUUUCCAGUACGGCAUUCCUGUGGUGAAAUGCACAUAAGCAGCUAGGGCAGACUUAAAGACUGCCUUCAGAAACAUAUGUUAGAUGCUGUGCUGUAGCAGUAGUCAUUGUGCUGAACAAAUUGGAAUGGUUUUAAGUCAGCUGAAAAUAAGCUCACACUCCAGUCUAUCAGCCGCCUGUUCUGAUCAUAACUCGACCAGGUACUCCCUCCCUUACUAUGCUGGGAAAUGCACAGGAAAAUUUUAAUGGGCGUUUGGAAACAUUUGUUGUUGUUGUUGUUGUUUCUGUAGAUUAAAAAAUCUUGAGAAAGUUUUCAAAAGGCAUUCUCUUUACAAAAACAUUCUCAUACGUGCCUGUGCACACAGUGAGAACAGUCAGAUGCAGGCAGCUUGUUAUCAUGAAUCUGUCUUUUAUUGUAUAUAUAUCAAGUCUAGAAAACAGGAUUUUUUGGAAGACAUCUUUUGGACAUUUUCAUAAUCAAAUGGAAUUACCUACAAGACCUUUCUCUGAGUGUUGCCAAACUGCUGCCCUAAGUGGGUACUGGUUUUUGAAAGAGAAAGCCCCAGAGGGACCUUUGCAGAAAGCUGUGUAGAGAUGGGGAAAAGAGCAUCACACCCUGAAAUUUGACAUAUGCAAAGGAGAGAAAGGCUCAGCUCAGAAUCACACAACAGAAGGUCACAAAUUCAGCGACUUCUAAGGAAAUGUCAUUAUUGGAAGAGGAUCACUAGAAUUUCUACAACUAAAGAUAUCUCUUACAAACCUGAAAGGAAACUUGGCGCAGUACAUGAAGAAGCAGCAGGCUCCUACUUUUUCUGUGAUACACAGAAGUAAAUGAUAUUGAGGACUGGAUUUUAAAAAGUUCUUCUCUUCCUUUCUGGACAGAUUUGAACAUUCCAAAUGCAGAAAUGAUUUGGCAACUGACAUCUUACUGGGCAUCCCUGGUCACAUCUCUGAUUUUUGUUCUGCUCCUGCAGCCACCACUGACACAGCUUUCCAUCAUCGCACAGCCAAACCUUGUCCUGUUGAUGGCUGAUGACCUUGGCAUAGGGGAUGUAAGUUGCUAUGGGAAUGACACUAUCAGGACACCAAACAUUGACCGCCUGGCAAAGGAAGGAGUGAAAUUGACCCAACACAUAGCUGCAGCUCCACUUUGCACACCCAGCAGAGCAGCUUUCCUCACUGGCAGAUAUCCUUUCCGAUCAGGAAUGGAUGCUGUGAACAAUUACCGUGUUAUUUUUUGGAAUGGCGGCUCAGGAGGGCUUCCUUCAAAUGAAACCACUUUUGCCAAAAUACUGCAGCAGCAAGGCUACAGCACAGGACUGAUAGGGAAGUGGCAUCAAGGUGUUAACUGUGAAUCCCGCAACGACCAUUGUCAUCACCCUUUAAACCAUGGGUUUGACUAUUUUUAUGGGAUGCCUUUUACGCUAAUAAGUGACUGUCAACCAACAGAAACACCAGAGAUGGACAGGGCCUUUAGAAGAAAACUCUGGCUUUCCACUCAGAUGAUUGCCCUUGUUACACUCACCGCUGCCCUGGGAAGACUGACUGGCUUGAUUUCAGUCCACUGGAAAACUCUGACUUGCCUUGCUGUGUUUAGUCUCUUGUUCUUUGUGUCCUGGUUCUCAAGUUAUGGGUUUGUACGAUACUGGAACUGCAUUAUGAUGAGAAAUCAUGAAGUUACUGAGCAGCCAAUGGUGACAGACAGGACUACAUUCCUUAUCUUGAGAGAGUCCAUUUCAUUUAUUGAAAGAAAUAAACACAAGCCAUUCCUGCUCUUUCUUUCCUUUUUACACUCUCACACCCCUCUUAUCACCACAGAGAGGUUUCUUGGGAGGAGCAGCCAUGGUUUGUAUGGAGACAAUGUAGAGGAGAUGGACUGGAUGGUGGGCCAAGUUCUAGAUGCUGUUGACAAAGAAGGCUUGAAAAAUACUACACUAGUUUACUUUACCUCUGAUCAUGGUGGAUGGCUGGAAAGACAAGAAGACAAAAGGCAGCUGGGUGGCUGGAAUGGAAUAUACAAAGGUGGAAAAGGCAUGGGAGGCUGGGAAGGAGGAAUCCGUGUCCCAGGGAUAUUUAGAUGGCCAGGAGUGUUACCCUCAGGCACAGUUAUCAAUGAACCUACAAGUCUUAUGGACAUUUAUCCUACAGUAGUUCAUCUGGCAGGAGGGGUACUACCCCAGGACAGGGUAAUUGAUGGCCGGAAUCUGAUGCCUUUACUGCGAGGAACAGUUGAGCACUCAGAGCACGAGUUUCUGUUCCAUUACUGUGGUACUCACUUACAUGCUGUGCGGUGGCACCAGAAGGAUGGUGGAGCCAUCUGGAAGGCUCACUAUGUGACCCCUCUCUUUGACCCACCUGGGGCUGGAGCUUGUUAUGGAAAAGGAGUUUGUCCAUGUUUUGGGGAAGGCGUGACCCAUCAUGAUCCUCCAUUGUUGUUUGAUCUCUCACGAGACCCUUCUGAAGCAAAACCUCUGACAGCUGACACCGAGCCUCUCUUCAACAUUGUAAUAAAGAAGAUUGGAAGAGCCGUAGAAGAGCAUCGCAGGACACUGGCUCCAGUCCCAGAGCAGCUCUCCUUGUACAACAUUGUGUGGAAGCCAUGGCUGCAACCAUGCUGUGGGACAUUCCCAUUCUGUUGGUGUGAUAAGGAAGCUAGAUUUCUGGAUCAGGAGAAACUGCCUGGGUGAGGAAGACAGCUUGGAAACAGGACAUUCUGGGUAAGGGCUGUAUGCACUUUCUGGGAAGGAUAGGACUCCUCUGACUGGAGUCAGCCUCUUUUAAUGGAGGAAAAAAAAAGGGAAAGUAUUUUCCCUCCCCAAAGCUGUUCCACCCAGCUCCCUAAACAGCAUUGACAAAGCCAUAAUAGCUUCGAUGGCCACAGAGGUGGCACACUGAUAACCAGUUUAGUCAUUUGGCCACAGAAGUGCACAAGUUACAUUUCUGCCCACAUCUCAGUCAUAACUGGUUCCUGCUAACAGGUAGUAGGUUCAGAAAAGACCCUCUGAAAUAUGUCCAAUACUAAUUAUGAAAACAAACAAACUCUAAUUUACUAUGAAAAACAGAAAUGCAGAAUGAAGGUAUUUCCUGUUUCACAGGUUAAAUUUUUGUCCCACCAAAUAGCUAGAGUUACUUAGAACUUUGCUGCUGCUCUUUCAUUUGCUUCAGUUCUUUCUUAUUUGCAUUUAAACAGUUGUUCCUAUUAAAGUGGCUGUGCAGGCAAUGCUUUUCAUCGUAUGACACACUAUAUAUUUGUUUACAGACAACGUUACACUGCUAUAUCUAAAUAUGGAGGCAUUUGAGAAUGUAAUUUGCCCAUUUGCUUUAUUUCACACACUUUUUACUAUUUUUCUAACUAUUGUGCUAAAGCCCAUUUACCCUUGUUCAUCUCCUUUGAUAAGUGCUUGGUUUACUUUGGUAUUAUUUCCUCCCUUGUUUCCCACAAUUCAGUCACUAGGAAAUCUGAAGGUAAACAAAGCCUUACAUCUUAAAAGCAAAGUUUUAUUUUAUGCUGUAAUUUCAUGCAUUUUACAAGCUGUUAUAAUUCACCCAAGUGCUCCAUCAGUGCUAUUGAUGAGAAAGGCACUCAGUCUUAAUGUGAAAACUUCAAGAGAUUAUGUGAAUCUACCACUUCACAUGUACUGGAUUGUUGCUUAAUUUCCUCCAUUGUUAGGAGUGUGUACUUUAUUUCUCCCUUGAUUUUUUUUUGUAUUUCACUGGUUCUUCCUUGGCUAGUUUUAAAGGUCUUUUCAUCUUCAAUAUGCAGUGUUUUCUUUCUUUACCAGAAAUUACCGUAAUCAGACUGACAUUUUUCAGUUUCUCAGCCAUUUCCCAAAAUCUCGCUUCCAUUCUCAAGCUCGUUUAGCAUCUGGGAUUUUAGACCCUCUCAAUUUUUCAACUUUAAAAGUAUGUCCACAACCCUCUCCUUAAUACUGAACAAUUUCUCAGGAGGAGCAGGAGAGGUUUAUAUGGAGGCAGUGCAGCCAAGAUGGGUUGGAUGGUGAUUUUCUGUCUCUGUGUUGCAUGACAGAUUCGGGACUUGGGUCUCUAUAUAUGGCAAUAAAGACAGUGCUAAUAAGGAGGUCCCUUCACAAAAUGCUCUUUCUUGACAUUUGCAGGCUUUUUCUGCAAUUGAAAACACAGCCCCUCUAAACGCUGAUGUUUAGGCUCUGUACAAUUGGCCCAUCCAUUACAUUUGGGUGACUAGGGGGCUGAAUUUAAAGCUAGUCUUUUUGGUUAUUCAUGUAUGUUUGGGAUCCAUAUUUAGAGUGAUUAUGUCACUCAGCUGGCCAAAUAGUUUACCUUGAAGAACUAAUAAGAAAAGCCUUAUUGUAAACCCCAAGAUAAAGUUAUUAAAGUCAACAAAAUGCCAAAAUAACCAACAAAGACAUGACAAAUAACACUGGAGAAAAAAAAAACAAAUAAAUAAAUGUAUCUAAGGGUAAAACCUGCACUCUUCAAUUCUUUAAUGGGGGACAGGGGGAAAUAAAAGAACAGGUAUGUAUAAUACAAGCUAACUAAAACUGGUUAAAUCAACAGAAAUACAUACUAAAACAUUAACAUCAAAUUAGCAUGUCCAAUUGGUAAGUAUACUUAGACAUUAAUAUUCAAUCUAUAUGAAAUAAUUUGAAAACUCAAGAAAAAAUAUUCAUAAUCAGGAGAUAUUGCAGUUGCUUUAUACCACCAUAU